GCGCGUUAACGAUGGACGGUAGUAGAUCCUGAGCAGAAAAAUGGACAAGAAUUUCCCAACGUUGGUCGCGUGUCGCGAAUGAAAGUAUCCUCUUGAUGGUGGAGUACAGGAUAAUAUUUAGAACGAUAUUUUUCACUUGGCUACCAGAGUGUAUAAAGAAAAUCGCGUAUCUACUAUGUGGCUCAGUUCUCGCGUGGAGAUCCACCUCGCAACGUCUUUUUCGGAUUACUCGGCACAGGGGAUUGGAGUAAAAUAUCGUGGUCGGGAUCAUCGAUGUGCUCUACGCGAAGCUCAGUGAAAUUCGCCCCAUCUUAAUCGUGGUUUUCUGUUCUAGGGGGGCAAACGGUGCUCCUACCAUGGAUAGGAAAAUGUUCUUUUGUCUCGUCGUUCUCUUAUCUUUGAGCUGGCCACGCGUAACAGGUGCGGGAAACAAGAAGGUGGAUGAGGCGGCGUUCGAUCAGGUAGCGACCGCGUCCGAGAACGUGGCGCAAAAGGUGGCGGGGAAGGUGGAGCAGAGGCGGGAUAAUUUUCGAGGCCAGUUGAUAACAUCCAUGAUAGACACCACUGUCCACUACGAGAAUUCGAACGGGUUCGUUCCUAUAUUGGUGUCCACGUCGGCAUCGCCGUACGAUCCGCGCCAACAGCUCGGCCGCUCCGCUCUGGGGAAGGGAAAAGAAACGAUGAACGUUACUUUGAACGAGAACAAUUCUUUGAACGAGAAGGAAAAUUCGAGCAGGAUCGAGGAAAGGGAGGAGAGGAAGGAGGAGGCGGGGGAGAGCGACGACUUCGUGAACGAUCCCAUGUACUCGACCGAGGCGAGAAUACUGCUCAACUUUUCUAAUUUGAACGCGAAUCGUAGAUCGUUCGAGUAUCAAGGCAAUCAGAACGAUUUCGAUCUGUUAAAAGUUAGGAACGAUACGCCGGAGAUAGCCAAUUAUCCGAAUUUGUACGAAGAGUCGACGAGCAAUAUUCUCGAAUCGUCGAAACGAUCGAGAGGUCAAACCAAGGAUCGAAAGUUAGAAGGAUACGUGGGAAAUUACGGCACGGUCGUUUCGCCUUCGUCGAAAAGCAACGAGGACGAUCCGUACAGCUUUUACUACUCCGCCGACUCGGCCGAGGAUAAAGAAAGAAAGAGGAGUCACGAUAGGGAGAAAGUGGGUGGCAAUUAUGAACAGCACAGAUAUGUCACGGGAUACGGCGGCCAGAACGAGCCAUCCGCGUCGUCCUUUCCAAGGCUGAACCAGGAGGUCGACGCCUUUCUGAAGACCAACGCGAACAACGACGUUCCGCCAUCCUCCUCCUCCUCCUCUCAACUAACGAACAGCCACAAAUUUUCCAGGCCCGUCGUGGUCGCCGAACCGAAUUACAACAAGUUUGAUCAACCGUCCGGAAUAUCCGAUCUCGACACGGACGAUUACCGAACUUCGAGGAUCAUCGAAGGGAGCUCGGAGGUGUCGCAUCGUUACACGAUGAACAACAGGGACGGAAGGUUCGAAAACGACGAGGAUUCGAGGGACACGUCGGACGACACCGAUUACGUGGAAUAUACGGAGAGGCCGAGAAAGGCGCAGCAGAAGAACAGGAGGCGGCCGAACGGCAACUCGAAGAGGCUUCCCAAGGAGCAUCGGGGCUCCCUGGACGACAGCGCGGAGCACAAGGGCAAGAUGAAGCAUCACUCGUCGAGGUCUAGGCAGGUUCAUCGACAAAGAGUGAGAGGAGGGAACUCGUGGUCGGACGAGUCGGACAGGCAUCGGGAGCAGGAGGACAGCUACGAGGACGUUAGAUACGACGGCAGGUUGUCGGAGACGAGGCACGCCAAGUCGCAGAGCGUCAAGUUCAAGCCGAGCACCAGCUGGAACCAAAUAUCCCCGAAUCUGGAGAUAUCGCACUCGAGCGGGAUCGAGAUCGAUCAACUCGAGAAACCGAAGCUGAUCGUCCCCGUCAAGGUGAACCUGGUACCUACGAGCUUCGACCACGCAACGGCGAUCGGGAGCAGCCAAGGGUUCGACGUCUCGAACGCAAUUUUGCGCAACAUCGUUUCAUCAUCGCCCUCGAUAAAUCCCGGGGGGAACGAGGGGAAGAUAAGGGUGUCCACGCCCCUUCCAGACAUUAUCGUCGGCCAGGGGAACUUUCGCAAUUCGAUGCACGCGGUUCUCCCGCAAGCGAACGGCCAACAGAGUAACAGAUUCCCCCCGAAUCUCAAACCGCAAUACCUGUCCACCACGAUCGCCCCUGUUUUCACGGUCAGCCCCAACCCCAAUUUCCAGAUUCAGGACGCGACUCGUACAAAUGUGGUCGAUCCCUCGAAUCACGUGUCGACCAAUCACGCUCCACGAUUGAUACUUCCACAACCGACCCUUCAAACCCUCUCGACGCUGGUGCAAACGCCGGUCACGGGCUCCGAUUAUAUCCAGGUGAACCCUCACGGGAUGCACGGCCAGAAUCCUGUUAGCAAUGGUAAUUUGCAGGUGCAACCGCUUCCCACCAUCGCCCCUACGGCUCACGCUAUACCGGUCACCAAGAUCAAUCUGAUUACGCCGGAAUCUCAAGGUAAAAACGCCCUCCUCCCGGAAACGGACACGAAUUUCUUGGCCACGGCCAGCCUGGCGGUCGGCCACAACGAUCACGGCCAAAACGAUAAUUCUUAUUAUCUGGAAAACUCGAACGGGCAGCAAAUUGUCAAGCAACCGGCCCAGGUCGUGCAACCGGCAGGCUUCUACCACCAGGCGAUUCCUCCGUCGAGGACGAAAACGACCUACGUUCAAACGACCAAUCUGUUGCCUGCGGUGUUGCAACCUCUGCCAACCUACACCACCCUAUCCGCGAGCACCCCUUCCAAUGUUCCCUUCCAAGGGAAUACGGUGGAGGCGAGUGGGGGUCAAGGAUUGGCGAAACAGGGCGAGCUGGAUAACGCAGCCUCGAACUUGAGAAACGUCAAAUUCCCGCCUCUCGCGUAUCAAAUGAUCGACAGCGCGGGCAGUCACAGCACCGAUAACGUUAACACUGUGAUAGGUAGCGGGCAUCUACCGCACGUGGGGACGAGGAACGUGGAAAUCGUAAAUCCGAACAUGAAACCGGCCACGUUUCACGACGCUUCGAUCAUAAAUACGUACGAGACGAUGCACUAUCCGGCCGCAGUUUUGACCACCUCGAUACCGAUGUUCGCCACGACCAGCUUCGUCACGGCCAGACCCGCCCUCCUGUCCUCGACCGUCGAACCGAUCCAAAACGGGGCGGUUUCGACGACGGAGGGGCGCUCCGUCGACGACAAUCGAGCGUCCAACACGAACGUAGAUCCCACCAAGUCGUACCUGGGACGGGACAGGCCUGUGUACAAUCCGCUCAACUUCGUGCCCAACGUGGACGUGGUGAAAAGUCAGAACGCCCUCAACAGUAAGCUGCACGCCGUCGAACCUCUUCAACAGAACCUGAAUCUCGUCCCGUUGUUGCCUGGUGGCAACUUCUUCAAGCCGAGCUUCUCAGCUCAGAGCGAGCUUCUUGUCAAACCGAAACUGAACUCGGAUCUGCAGGCGUACGCGGAGCAGAUGUUCAAGGAGUCGUUGAAAACUAUUUACAACACCCAGAAAUGGAACAACGACAGGAAAACGGGGUUGUACAACCGGUACAACAUCACCGAUUCCGAUAUAUCGAAGUUGAGGAACGAGUUGCAACGAUUGAAGGCGUCCUUGGAUUCGAGGAAGAAGAAGAACCACGAUGCCGAUCCGAGCGAGACCAAGGUGAGGACGACGGAGUUGGCCAACAGGAAGCCGGACGAGCUGAUGGCUGCGUUGGAACAGAUGCUGAAGAAGAAUCCCUCGGAUUCGUUGCACAAUUUUCACGGAACUAAUAAUAAACCACACCGACAUCGCAGGCCCAACGAACAGGACAAUUACAAUUUGGGCGAUCCGAGGGACAACAAAUACGAGUUUUUGACUCCGCCCCAAUUGAAUUCUCAUCGAGGGAAGAAUCAUUUCCAAGCCGGUGACAAACCGGGGAAGAAACGGCCUGGGUCGAGCAGAUACAAGAGUUACAAUCAUCAAAACCAUCAUCAUCAUCAUCAUCAGCAUCAUCAACAACACGGGCCAAGAUCGCAUCCGAGGAGUAAUUCUAAGGCGGGGGGUAUCGAGGCUUCUGGGUCGAAUGUCGAGCCAGUGCGCGUAGACGGACUUUCCAAAUAUGGGAAUAUGCACGAUUCGAGACAGUUCAGGAAGGGUUUUUCGCCGUUCGAUUCUCACCUCGGCUCGGCAUCGCCCUUCUCGCGCGAGAAAACGUCUCAUUUUUCCAAAACGGGUUUGAAAGGGACGGAGAAGGGGAAGGAGAGCGCGCACAACAAUCCCAAGAUGCAUAAUUUUUACGGGAUGUUGAUGAAGAACAAGCAGCUGCCCGCCGGCGAUACCCCCAACUAUUUUCGGGACAAGGAUCAGUUGAAGCAGUUCUUCGAGACGGAGAAGCAACGAAUGCAGCAAAAGUUUUACGACGAUGCUUUGAGGGAUUAUUUUAAAAAGAUGUCGGAUUUGGGAUACGCCGGGAUAUCCAAUUCUCGGAUAUCUUUGCCGGAGAAGAGGAAAGUUUGAAUUUGUACAAAGAAAUUCUGAUGAAUUCUGUCUUGUAGAGUAAAUACACUUCUUUCUAAUCGUAGAAAUUGGUAAGAUAAUGAAAUGCGCAAAAAAUUUGAUACCAAGUAGACGAAUAAGUCUAUCCAUUGUUUUUUCUUCAUCUUCUUAUUUCUUUUUUUUUUGUAUUCUAUUCAUUGUUAAAUUGAGAGAGAAAUGAGAAAAAAAAAUUUAUUUUUAAUCAGAGAUCAUUUGGAGUUAAAAAGAGUUUUAAAUUGAGACUGAAGGAAAAGUUGCAAUUGUUUACUUUUAAGGUGCUAUCGUUUGCUGUAUAUAUUUACUUGCUAUAAACGAAAAAAAUGUGAGUUUA